AUGCGCCGCCCUCGAACACUCAGUCUACUAACGACAACCCCAGCCUCACGCCGCCUCCUGCUCUACCUCCUACCCCUCCUCCUCCUCACAGCCUUCUUACUCCUCACAAGCCCGAUCCUCUCCGAACCCUGGCACUGGCCCACAGACGCCCGCAUCCCACACCGUUUCAACCGCCCGCCGCCGUACUUUCCGCCGCCGGGACAUCUGGCCGAAUGGGUCGCUGAGGAGGAGGAGCGGUAUAAGGUCGCUGUGGCGGAUCGGUGGGAUCUGGUGAGGCAGUAUGGGCCGGGGGUGGAUGAUCUGCAGACAUUCCCGAAGGGCAAACCCUAUACUCUCUGGGACUUCUUUAUCCCCGCUUGGCGCUGUCCGCACUCUACGCAGCGCGUAGGGAAGCUAGCAGAUGGCGGGAAGUGGGUGUGCGGGAUGGAGUUGCUCGAGGCUGCGGACAAGUGUGUGAUAUACUCGUUCGGCGUGAGCAGUGAUUCCUCGUUCGAGGCCGAGAUGCUCAAACGCGCGCCUGGCUGCGAAGUCUGGGGCUACGAUUUCAGCGUGAACAGUUGGGGCCCCCAAAUCACCCUAAACGACGACCUCUCCCCGCGCGCACACUUCCACAAAUGGGGCCUCGGCGGCCUCGACACCCUCGAGCCCAACAAACCGCCCAUGUACACCCUCCGCACGCUAAUGGCCAUGAACAAGCACACCUUCAUCGACGUCCUGAAGAUCGACAUCGAAGGAUCCGAAUUCGACGCGUUGAUGUCGUUCAUCGCUUCCUUGGAGUUGAAUGGCGAGGACGCGGUGCCGUUCGGGCAGAUGCAGAUCGAGGUGCAUGUGUGGAAGCCGAGAGAUGGGUUCAGGUAUUUUAUGGAGUGGUGGGAGCUGCUGGAGAGGUUCGGGUUGCGGCCGUUUUGGUUUGAGCCGAAUUUGGUUUAUGUGAAUAGUUUGCAUGCGAGGCCUGAUGCUGUCGAGUACGCGUUUAUCAAUGUCAAGGGCAAUCAUGCUCUCGUUGCGGACUAA